UUCUUAAAGGACCUGGAUUCCCCUCAGAUGGGGUGGAGGAAGGAGCCCGGCCCCUGGGAGGACACCAAGGCCUUCCUGGCCUCCUUCGAGCAAGUGGCCCUAGCCUGCCAGUGGCCCCGGGAAGUGUGGGCAGCCCGGCUCCUGCCAGCUCUCAGUGGAGAAGCCCAGAAAGCAUUCGGCAGCCUAGAGGCCACAGACAGAGAGGAUUAUGGGAAAGUUAAGGCAGCCAUCUUGCGCGGGGAAGCCAACCGCAUGGAAACCCUGCGCCAGCACUUCCGGCAGUUCCGAUACCAGGAGGUGGAAGACCCCCGCCAUAUUUACAGCCAGCUACGGGAGCUUUGCCGCCAGUGGCUGAGGCCGGAGAGGCACUCGAAGGAGCAGAUCCUGGAGCUGCUGAUCCUGGAGCAGUUCCUGGCCAUCCUGCCUCCGGAGCUGCAGAGCUGGAUCAGGGCCGGCUGUCCUGACAACUGCACCCAAGCCACGGCCCUGGUGGAGGAUUUCCUGUUGAGCCAGCCAAGAGCGGCCAAGCCAAGGAAAUGGCAGGGGGGCCACUUGAGCUGUCAGGAUUUACAAGAGACCCUCUUCAAUCCUGCUGAGGCGCUGAGCGACAAGGAAGCUGAGCAGGCGGAAGUCAGUUUGCCAGGCAGUGGAAGCCAGUGGUUCUGGCACUCCAGUUCAUCACUUCCUCCUGGAAGACAGGAGAGGAUCGAAGCUGGGCAGGUGGAGGCACUGACGACGCUUGAGGAGACAGGUGUGUCUUUGCACAGGACGGAGCAGCGUCUGACCCAGGACCAAAGCCAAAGGACCAUGUUUUGGCAGGUCCUGCCAGACACCAGUGGGAAAGUAGAUUCUUUGGAGGCAGUUUUGGUUCCCAGAGCUGGGAACCUCCUGGAGAAAGAAGGAAACAUGUCACUCUUGUUCCUGGAGGAAAGAGAGGCAUUCACAGUCCGAGAUUCAGGUGAAGAGAAGGGAAUUCAGUUCCAAAUGGAUAAUCUUUCCAGUGGAGGAAAUAAACCGGGGGUCCCAGAGAAGCCCCAGGGGGACAUGGUGUUGACACCUGAGAUUCAAGUGGAAAUAUGUGAGUCUGAAGGAGAGUGGAGGAAGAAAUCCCUGCAGGGGCAAAAUGAUUCCCAUGGUCUCUCAGAAGGUCUGAAGGCUGUCUGUAGCCAAACCCACUCUGAGCACCCAAGGAAGGAAGAGCCUUUAUUCUCCAGAUAUGGUCAAUGGGAUGAAUGUUCCACAUCAGAAGACAACUCAGUCCUUGAUGAACAUCAGAGAAUCUCUACCGGAGAGAAAUCCUACAAAUGUCCAAUCAGGGGGGGUUUCCCCAAGGGAGUUCAUCUGAUGAAGAACCAGAGUGGCCAUAUGGGAGAGAACGGGGAAAGCUAUUGCCCUGAGAAUGGGGAAAGCUUCACUCCAAAGACGUUAAGGAGACAUCUGAAAAUCCACCGUGAGCAGACAACAUACACGUGCCCGGUGUGUGGGAAAAGCAUCAAAUGGAAACAUGAUUUGAACAGACAUCUGAGAAUCCAUACAGGAGAGAAACCGUUCAAAUGCCCUGAAUGUGGAAUAAGCUUUUCUCGGAUCGAUGGCUUGUGCCAGCAUCGAAGAAGUCAUGGAAGAAAGAUGCCUUACAAAUGCCCCGAGUGUGGGAAAGACUUCAGUCAACGGAGAUUAAUGGCCAUACACCAGAGGAUCCACACAUGACAUUUUCUUAGCUUCUUCGGCACAAACAGGUGGUCUGAGCUUUCAGUCCUCCUUCUGCCUCCUUUUGGACCUCUGGAUCAAACCAUACUUCAUAAGAAUUUAUAAGGAUCAGACCAAUGGUCCAUCAGGUUCAGCAACCUGUCUCACACAGUGGCCAACCACCUCUGCAAGAGGGCAUAGAGGCUCUGGGAAUCAGAGGCUUAGUGCCUCUGAAGGUGGAGGCUCACCUCAGUCACCAUAGCUACUAUCCACUGAUAGAUUUAUCUUCAGAAAUUCACCAUAGCUACUAGCCAUUGAUAGAGACUUAUCUUCCAUUAAUCUAUUUAAUCCCCUUUUAUAAGAAGUUACAAAGAGCCCUGCAGGAUCAGACCAAUAGUCCAUCCAGUCCAGCAUCCUGUCUCACACACGGAGCCAACCAGUUCCUCUGAAGGGCCAACAACAGGGCAUAGAGGCCGAGGCCUUCCCCUGAUGUGGCCCCCUGGCUCUGGGAUUUAAAGGCCUAGUGCCUCUGAGCAUGGAGGUUCCCCUCAGUUACCAGGGCUAGUAGCCACUGAUGGAUUUCUCUUCCAUGAAUCUAUCUCAUCUCUUUUUAAAGUUGUUUAUUCCUGUCGCCAUCACUACAUCCUCUGCCAGCCAGCACACUUAAAAAGAUAAGAGAAGCCGCAUUGGAUCAGAUCACUGGCCAGUCCUCUGGCAGCCAACUCCACAUUUUAAUCAUUCUCUGUGUAAAGAAGUAUUUCCUUUUCUCUGUCUAUUGUGAGAGACACAAAUCUGCACAAAUUUGGAAACCCUCUCCUUCUUCCCUGUCCCCAUACAGCAACAUUAAAGGACAAUAAUUCCGUUAUCUUCAGGGCAUCUAAACUUAGAUGUCACUAAUUUCUUUUCCAACAAUUCUUAGGCACAAUUUUAAGAGCCGGAAUGAUGUAAUCAUGGCUUACAGAUAUGGCCUCACAGAAACUGAGUUAGAACAUGAACGAGAGUCAGCAUAGCGUCCUGGUUCAUGUGUUGGGCUGGGAUCUGGGAGACCCGGGUUCUGAUCCACACCCUGUCCUGAAAACUCUCUGGGUGGAAAGCUCUAGGACUCACAGUAAAACUCCAUGGUACCAUGGAGUUCUAUCGCAAGUCCUAGAGCGUCCCCUGCAGAUGUCUCUGGCACGAUGUCACUUCCAUGUGAUGUCAUCGUGCCAUGUGCAAGAAAGUCCCCCACUGCAGCGGCAUAGGGACUUGGCAACCCUAAAUUGUUCUCAAUCAAGGAUCUAUAGACCCAAGUAAAAUAAAAUAGAGACACACUUCCCCCAAAAUGUAUAUUGGAGCCAAGCAAGUUUGUUGGGCCAAACAGAGGCCUUGCAGUCUGACUGUUGCUAGGCCAGCCAGAUGGACAAAAAUAGCCAGCUUCCUUAGACCUCAGAGGUCUGUCUCCCUGAUGGAGCCAGCUGCAAGAGACCUUUUCUUCCUGUUGCAAGGAAGGUUAUCAAAUCUCCUGCAUAUAGUAAAACAGACACUUAAUUCUAAGUUUACAGGAGGGCAAUUUUUAGUUUUCCACCCGUCCAAAAAGAUAUGUUUGGUUAUAAGCUGAAUAUUGAUGCCUGUUAUUGAUUUUAUUCUAAUACCACUUUUCAAAAUUCCUGAAGUUUAGAGCAUUCUAUCCAGAAAUAAAGGUAUGGCCCUAGUUGUCUUCAGUCUUUCCGGCAUUUUGGGUUAGCAGGAUAUAUGGGCUAUUUUUUGCAGGGUGAGAUACCAAAAAGAUAAUGCUUUACUUGUAGUUUUACAUCUAUGAUAUUAGAAUUAAAAGGUGGUGAAGUCCAAA